GGUGGGAGCAGCAGCGGCGGAGUCGGAGGCGGCGGCUGCGGAGCGGCCACCACACCCACCCCCUCGUCGCGGGCCCUGUCCUUGCUUGUCCUCUCGCCGCCCCGCGGGAGGACGACCCCGGGAGGAGAGCGGCCGCCCACGCCCCGAGCAUCUUUCCCCGUCGAGUCGGCGCGGGCUGAGCGGGCGGCAUGAUGCGGCUCCGAGGGUCGGCGCUGCUGCGGGACCUCCUGAGGCCGCCCGCCGCCGCCAGCGCGGCCCUGAGGCGGGCGCAGCCUCUCGCCACGCUCCGCCGCCGCACCCGGGGCGGGGGGCCCGAGGCCGCGGGCCCGGCGGCCGCCGCGCGGCUCUGUCCGCGCUGGGGCGGGGGCGGCCGGCUGGCGGGGCCCGGCGCCAGGGGCCUGUCCAGCUCGACCUCCGAGAUCCUGAGGGAGCUGGGCAAGGCGGGCGCGCAGCAGCCGCAGGAGCCGCAGCCGCCGGAGCCGCAGCCCGGGGCGUCGCCGCCCGCGGCCCCGCCGGCGCCCGGCGCCAAGGACGGCCCCGCGGACACGGACGCGUUCGGCCACAGCGAGGGCAAGGAGCUGGCAGCCUCGGGCGAGAGUAAAAUAAAACAGGGUCUGUUACCUAGCUUGGAAGAUUUGCUGUUCUACACAAUUGCAGAAGGACAAGAGAAAAUACCUGUUCAUAAAUUUAUCACAGCACUCAAAUCUACAGGAUUGCGAACAUCUGAUCCCAGGUUGAAAGAGUGUAUGGAUAUGUUAAGAUUAACUCUUCAAACAACAUCAGAUGGUGUCAUGCUAGACAAAGAUCUUUUUAAAAAAUGUGUUCAGAGCAACAUUGUUUUGUUGACGCAAGCCUUUCGAAGAAAGUUUGUCAUUCCUGACUUUAUGUCUUUUACUUCUCAUAUCGAUGAGUUGUAUGAAAGCGCUAAAAAGCAGUCUGGAGGAAAGGUUGCAGACUAUAUUCCUCAACUAGCCAAGUUCAGUCCUGAUUUGUGGGGUGUAUCGGUUUGUACAGUAGAUGGACAGAGGCAUUCUAUUGGGGAUACCAAAGUUCCAUUUUGUCUUCAGUCCUGUGUAAAACCUUUGAAAUAUGCCAUUGCGGUUAAUGACCUUGGAACAGAAUAUGUGCAUCGCUAUGUUGGGAAAGAGCCAAGCGGAUUGAGAUUCAACAAACUGUUUUUAAAUGAAGAUGAUAAGCCACAUAAUCCUAUGGUAAAUGCUGGAGCAAUUGUUGUGACUUCAUUAAUAAAGCAAGGAGUGAAUAAUGCUGAAAAAUUUGACUAUGUGAUGCAGUUUUUGAAUAAGAUGGCUGGUAAUGAAUAUGUUGGAUUCAGUAAUGCAACGUUUCAGUCUGAAAGAGAAAGUGGAGAUCGAAAUUUUGCAAUAGGAUAUUACUUAAAAGAAAAAAAGUGUUUUCCAGAAGGCACAGACAUGGUUGGUAUAUUAGACUUCUAUUUCCAGUUAUGCUCCAUUGAAGUAACGUGUGAAUCAGCUAGUGUGAUGGCUGCAACACUGGCUAAUGGCGGUUUCUGCCCAAUUACUGGUGAAAGAGUACUGAGCCCAGAAGCGGUGCGAAACACGCUGAGUUUGAUGCAUUCCUGUGGCAUGUAUGACUUCUCAGGGCAGUUUGCUUUCCAUGUUGGUCUUCCUGCAAAAUCCGGAGUUGCUGGGGGCAUUCUUUUAGUUGUCCCAAAUGUCAUGGGCAUGAUGUGCUGGUCACCCCCUCUGGACAAGAUGGGCAACAGUGUGAAGGGAAUUCACUUCUGUCACGAUCUUGUUUCUCUGUGUAAUUUCCAUAACUAUGAUAAUUUGAGACACUUUGCAAAAAAACUUGAUCCUCGAAGAGAAGGUGGCGAUCAAAGGGUGAAGUCGGUGAUAAACCUCUUGUUUGCGGCCUACACGGGAGACGUGUCUGCACUUCGGAGGUUUGCCCUGUCGGCCAUGGACAUGGAGCAGCGGGACUAUGACUCCAGAACGGCCCUCCACGUGGCUGCCGCUGAGGGUCACGUUGAAGUCGUGAAAUUUUUGCUGGAAGCCUGCAAAGUCAACCCUUUCCCCAAGGACAGGGCUGAGCUGGCACGGCCCUUCCCUGCCCCCGAGCCCGGAGGCGCCUCAUGCCCCUUCCCGUUGCUGCCCGCCAGGUGGAACAACACGCCCAUGGACGAGGCGCUGCACUUCGGCCACCACGACGUGUUCAAGAUCCUGCAGGAGUACCAGGGCCAGUACACGCCGCAGGGCGACGCCGACGACGGGAAGGAGAGCCAGACGGUGCACAAGAACCUCGACGGCCUCUUGUAACGCCCGGAGCCCAUGCAGUCACGUACCUGUGUCACGUGGACUUGAUCAGGGCGCGUGUGUCUUUCUGCCUCUAGGUGUGUCUCCUACAGCGUGGGUCAGCGCCGUGCUACCGGCAGUCUCCUCGCUGUCCGCCCAGGACAAACCUGAUCUCUUGGGGACAAAAUAGAAAUAAAACCACCUCCCUCCACAAUGUGAGCACUGUUGACCUGGUGCACUGUAGAAUCCGAUGUAGAAGUAGUGCCAGUGCUGGCUUCGCGUGAGGUCCUCAUGAUUCUUGUGUUUGUGGACUUUCAGUUUUACGCAUCAAUAGAAAUUAAGCUGUUAUAUACACAGCCUGUCCACAGGGGCGAGGCUGCCUUUAGAAGCAAAAUAGUGUGAUUUCCAGGACUCCACAUAUAGACUUAGUCUGAGCGUUUGAACAACUGCCUGCACUUAUGGUUGUGUGUUGAAGAUUUCUCCCAUCCCCCUCGCUUCAUGAUGUGACUUUAAAAAUUAUCAUAGUUAACAGCUGUGAGUAGGAUAGACCAACUCUGAUCAGACUAUCAGGGCAUCUGUUCAAGAUAUGUUUGGUGACCAAAAAAGUGUGUCAAUGGAGUUCUACUUUUGGAAAUUUUUCCUUUUUCUACGUCCCCUCUGCCCAGCCUCUGCCCUUUAGCUGGGCAAGGGGGUGUGGCAGGCCCGUCCUCAUGUUUCCACACACGUCAGAUCUGGCAUGUGAGCUGUAAGGAGCUGCCUGUCUAUAGAUGAACCAAACGGAGUACGCAUUGGCCACACUGACCCGCCCAGAGGGGGUGUGCUCCUGCGGCUCUAAGACCACAUUUCUCAGCUUCCAGGGUAACUUGAGAAGCACUCCGAGUCCGAGGGGAACUGCUGCAGAAACUGCACCAAGAGGUCUGUUCCCUGUGGGGUCCACCAGGUCACGCGGUUCCUUGAUAGCGGACCUUUGGGUGCACUGCAGCGUUUAACAACAAGGCCAGAUCAUUGUAAAUUGAACCCCAGCAUUUUUCGGGGAAGGAAUUGCACAUAUACUUUGAAGGGGUGUGUUAGAAUAUCUGAUAUUAAGUGCACACACACACGCGCACACAUACACGCACACAUGCACAUGCACACACAUGCGCCUCGACUUCUUCGAAGCUGUUUAGUGAAAUGAGCAGAACUCUCAACCCCAGAAAAGCUAGUGGCUACACUAAUACGGCAAAUCCCUUCCCCUUUUCUAUGGGCAACACGCUGCUUCCGAGGUUUAUGGUGCCGGACGGCCCGUUGACCCCGCUAGCAGCCUCCACGUGUUUCGAUUUUUGCUUCCGUCUAAGUUAGUGGCUCGGCCCCGCCCACUCCCUGACAGCGCGUCCUUGAGGACGUGUGGCCGUGGCCGUGGCCGUGGAGGACAGCCGCCAGCACGAGGCCGGCCCGUGUGUCUGUGGGAACGAGGCGGCGGGCCUCCAGCGGAGCCCGUGGAGCUGGGCGGCUGGGGAGCAGCGUUGCCCCGGGCAGACCCCCCACCCGACACCAGCGGGGUCCCCACUUCAGGAGCAGUGCUGUGAGCUGGGGGAGCCCUCAGACGGCUCCUGUGGCGGACGGUUACUGAUGACCCGGACGCUUUUCUUUAAUGAAAAGAGGUUCUCGCUAUUAUUUCCGAACGAAGUCUUCACCUUUUCUCCGACUGACUAUUUUGUAAAAUCUUGUGGUUUAGCUCAGUGUGCCCUUAUCUACCCACGAGGCUACGUGCGCUGCACACUGGCCCCUGCUGUGGCCGCUGGCUGUAGGCUGACAGUCUGAGUACCUUCGGUUUAAAUGCUUUGGGCUGUGCCGCUAAUGGAUGCCACCUGUAUACUCCAAAGAUCUUUGUGUUUGGCGUUAGGCUCCUCUGCCCAGGGGAGCGCUCUGGUGAUGUUUACUCAAGCUUUGUACUCACUGCUGUUUGCUCUCUGGGCUCUCAUCACGGGUGCAAUGUGCUGCCCCCCACGCUCCUGAACCUGGGAGCUGGGCGAGUGGUCGGCCAUGGGGUGCUGUUGUCUGUCUGGCCGGGCCUGGGUGACGGCCUGUUGGGUUUAGACUCUUCCUGGGGAUUGUUCAGCUAUGAAUGUAUUUGCCGCCAGAACCUCCCACAGUGAACUAAUCGUAACUGUUCAGUUGUAAGUAUUCUGAAGUCGGGAAAUAUUUAUUUUAAGUGAAAUUGGGUAGUGUUGCUUUCCACAGCGUAAUAAACACACGUAUAAAAA